AUGGUGAAGAGACGCACGGGGCAGCGCGUCAGGCUCUACGUCCGGGGCACCAUCCUCGGCUUCAAGAGGUCGAAGUCGAACCAAUACGAGAGCACAUCGCUGGUGCAGGUCGAGGGGGUGAACACCAAGGAGGACGUGGCGUGGUACGGUGUCGCCGCGACGGAAGAAGCCUCCUCCGCUCUUCUCUGCUCGCCGGAUAGGUAG